CCAAUAAAAUUGUUUUAAAGUACACACAAAUACAAAGAUUGUUGGCGCAUGAAAAUUGAUAAUUUUAACAAUUUGUUAUGUUUUAUGCUCAUAUAAUUUUGGCCAAAAAGGGCCCUCUCGCCAGGAUAUGGCUUGCGGCUCAUUGGGAUAAAAAAAUUACGAAAGCACACGUAUUCGAGACAAAUAUUGAAAAAUCUGUGGAAGGAAUCAUGCAGCCUAAAGUAAAACUGGCUUUACGAACAUCUGGACAUUUGUUACUCGGAGUCGUGCGUAUAUAUUCACGCAAAGCGAAAUAUCUAUUAGCAGAUUGCAAUGAAGCAUUUGUUAAAAUUAAGAUGGCAUUUAGACCUGGAAUGGUCGAUCUACCAGAAGGUCAUAGGGAGGCUAAUGUCAAUGCAAUUACGCUACCUGAAGUAUUCCAUGACUUCGACACGGCUCUUCCUGAAUUAAAUGACAUCGACAUAGAAGCACAAUUUUCUGUAAAUCAAUCUAGAGCAGAUGAAAUUACUCUGCGAGAAGACUACGGCAGCCUUUCUCUAUCCUUGCAUGAUGACGGUUUUGGAGAUGUCGGAUUUGACACAGGUGAUACGCCUGAUAUCGUUCGCGAUGGCUUAGAAGCAAACUUAAAUGAACAACUUUUUGAAGAUGAAAUCGUCUCCGAUGUAAUUGAGAAUCACGGAUCCAACAUCAGACUCACAGAUUCAGACAUGGUGAAUACCCGAUUAGAUGGAGAUGGUUUCGGUGAUGAAUUCGGACAACCAGAAUUAUUUGGCGAUGAACUUUUUGGAGAACCCCCUAGAGUCGAAAAUGAGAAGAACGAUGAAGUCGGAGUGUUAUCUGCUAAUGAGGAAUCAGAUGACGGAUCAGGACAUUUUGGAGAACGGGCACCGUCGCGAGAGUCCAGUUGUCAUGGAUCAAAUCCAGUGCACAAUACCGACAACCCCGAACAUUUACAACCAGAUGCAUGCAGUUCAAAUCAGCACGACAAAGCUGAAGAGCGACUGGAUUUACCGACUUCGAUAAACAAUGAAAGUGAAAGUUUUGCUUUGACCCCAAUUGAUGCUUCUACAUACAAUAAGGGUAUUACGAAAUCAAAAAGGAAGCGAAAAUUAAUCGUAGAUGAAAUUAAAAAUAUAUCGGGAGAGGAAAUGAAAGCGCAAUUAGCAAAUACAUCUGAUAUUGUUACAACAUUGGAUCUCGCUCCUCCGACGAAGAGGUGGUUAAUGUACUGGAAGGAGACCGGGGGUGUUGAAAAAUUAUUUUCACUUCCGUCAAGAACUAUACCCGCACGUGCUUUAUUUAUAAAUUAUCAUCGUUCACUUAUAUCGCAUUUCACACCGCUGGAGGACUUUACAUGUCUAGGCUCCUCUGACUUACUUGCACUUGAACAUAUCAAUAACGAAAAUGACUCUUCAGUUAUUAUUCAUAACAAAAGAGGUCGCAAGCGAAAAGUUGACCUUGUACCGGCGGCAAAUAAUCAAUCAAAUCCCGAAAUUAGUAGCGAGCUUACUAUUGGUAACAUUACCGCGCCCGAGCAAGUCCGUGACCAUGAAAAUGUACCAUGGAAUUCUACACAAAUUAAUGUUAAUGAUAUGCCUAAAGUGAUGACGGACGCAUCAGUUGUUGAGAAUGCUCAAAGUCCAAAGACGUUAUUUGGUUUGAAUGACGCUAUUAGUAAUUUGGAUUCGGUUGCGGACAUUCCACUCACACCAGCCAAUCAUCAUGCUCUUGAAGCCAAUGACGAUUUUAAUAACGGUGAUAUGACACCUGUUAACUUAAAUCAUGGUCAUUUAACACCGCAGCAUCCUGAGAUAGAAUCAAUUGAAUCGAUAUUAAACCUUCCCCCCGACCAAGUUUCAUCUAUACUGAACGAAGCAGAAGAUAUACAUAGAAAUAAUAUCGUAAAUGAUUUAAGAAAUGCAGAGAAAUCAUGUGAAUUAGCUUCUGACUGGAAUGACUACGCAUUUCCGCCUUCUAUAGAACUGCAGAACAAUUCGGAUGAACAAAUGGAAAACGAAACAAGUGAACAAUUCGAAGAACGUGUGUUAAACAAAAGGGCUGCGCAGUUAUUCUAUUCAGUAAAAAGUCGAAUGCUGAAGCAGGAAUGCUUAUACUUGUCAGAGCUGACGAUAAAGAGCACGAGGAAACAGGCGGCCCAAAAAUUUUAUUCAUUGUUGGUUUUAAAAAAAUUUCGUGCCCUUAAUAUAAAGCAGUCUUCACCGUAUUCAGAUAUAGUGGUAUCACGAGGUCUUUUAUUUGAGAACCCUAAAUUGUAAGCAUGGUUAAUUUCA